GAAUUAUAGUUUUGGCUUUUGCCUACUCUUUACAUCUUUUAUUAAGGCCUAAUAGUGAAUAUUCUUAUAAUCAGCCAAGUUUUACUGAUGAUGCUAAUAAUCCUUGGAAUCUAGUUCCUACAUAUCAAUUUAUUUCAUCUAAUGGUACUGUUGGAGAAUCAACACUUAUCAAAACUCCAGAUGAUAGCACAAAUUUAUUUACACUAUUUAGUACUUCAAUUUUGGCUGUAUAUUUUAUGCUAACAGGCGAUUCAAGUUAUGUUUCUUCAUGGGCUUUAAAA